AUGUCUACCCUUCGCUCCCAAAACCCUAAACAUUUCCGUUGCUACUCCUUCUCCUCCAUCCCUAACCCUAGCCCUGUCAUGCCUUCCUUGCUCGUCUUUUCAGGUGGGACUGCGUUCAACGGCGUCGUUGAGGAGCUCAAGAAUUUCACUACUCGCGUAGCUCACGUCCUUCCUGUUUCCGACGAUGGAGGAAGUACGGCUGAGAUCGUUCGUGUUCUCGGUGGUCCUGCUGUCGGAGAUAUACGGUCCAGAUGUUUGAGAUUGGCUGAUAAGAGCUCUUCUGAGGCUGUGGCAGUCCGGAGAUUGCUUGGUCACCGUUUACCUCUUGAUUCGCGUCAAGCCAAAUCUGAAUGGUAUGAUAUUGUGGAAGGAGAACAUUCGCUAUGGAUGGGAGUAUCAAAACCCUACAGGGAAACCAUUCGAGCUUUUCUAGUUUAUUUUCAGAAUCAGAUACUCCGGCGAUCUGAUGAAUCAUUUUGCUUCAGUAAUGGCAGCAUUGGGAAUUUCUUCUUUGCAGGAGCACGCACAUUUUUUCAGUCCUUAGAUGCUGCAAUAUUUUUGUUUUCCCGUGUGUCAGAUAUCCCCUCAGAGAGUCUGGUCCUCCCAGUGAUUUCUACUAACGACAGGCUUACAUUAGGAUGUGAAUUAUGGGAUGGAACUAUAAUACGAGGCCAGAACAAAAUUUCUCAUCCGACCAAGGGAUAUAUGGAACCUGUCAAUAAGGAAAGCUCUUCAUUUCCAGCACUUCCUUCGAGCAUAAAGCGGGUAUUCUACAUGUCAAGUGAGGGCCAAAACUUGCUGCAUGAGGUCUUCCCUGCUGCAAACCCAUCUGUCUUGGGUCAGUUACGUAAUGUGGAUUGCGUAGUUUAUGCUAUGGGAUCCCUCUUUACUUCUAUUUGCCCAUCACUGGUAUUAAUUGGCAUUGGGGAGAUUAUAUCUUCAAGGUCCUGCCCCAAGGUGCUUUUGUUAAAUGGUACACGUGACCGAGAGACCAGUGGCUUUUCAGCUUCUUGCUUUGUAACUGCUAUCACAGAUGCAUUAAAUCGAACAUAUGGAAAUCCUCAUAACUGUCUUGCAAACCUUCCCAGCCAAUACAUCAAUACCGUAUUAGUGCCCAAAGGUGGUGAGAUUCCUAUAGAUGUUCAACGCUUGGCUGCCAAAGGAAUCUUUAACGUGAUCGUUGUUGAUUCUAUACAUGAUCCAAAAGCUGGUGUAGUAUUUGACCCGAAGUCGUUAAUACAAGCCCUUGUUGACGUGAUAGGCAGAUACACGAGUACAAAUCUUACGGCGGUAGUCUAA